CGUGACUUGAAUGCCACACUUUCAACGUUUAAACAAUAGUCCAGCCACCUAGACUUGAUUCAGUUAUCUGACCUCAUACUCUAUGCUUCCUAAGUUAUCCUUUCCACCGGAAUGAUAUAGUCCCAGAAGUACCACAAUUUUACUUCGACCGUGGUUUUCUUAAUUUUUCAGUCCAUCAAACUAGGUACAUAGCCUUCCAACGUUAUUUUCUGGUACACAUCCCAAGAAUGGACAUCACUCUCUUUAUAUAUUCUUAGAAACUAGCGUUUUAUUUAUCAUAUAUCAUAACCAUGGAAAGAGAGACGGGCAUGGAUUUGACUAGAGAGACAAACGGUUUGGAGGUGAGCUCGAGCAUGGUGAUAGGCACACAUGAUAAUUCCAAUACCCCAUCUCUGAAGCGUCAACGUUUUGAAAAAUCUCGGAUAGAAAAUUCAUAUCCACGAAAACGAGCCUUGAGGGCAUGCCAGGUUUGCAGAGCUCGAAAGACCAAAUGUAAUAACGAAAAGCCGGUAUGUGGAUGCUGCCAAGCUUUGGGGGCUCAGUGUGUUUAUGAUGAAGCAAAUGGUCCAUACACGUUCGUACAUCCAACACACUAAUUGAUUUAUUUCAAAUUGAAUUAUUAACCUAAGAGACUAGAUUGGAUUUUGCAAGUCAAAUAAUAGUGGAACGUCUUGAUCAAGUACUCCAAAAACUUGACGAGAGAGGAGAUUCGGCAGAAACUCUACGCCGGAUUUCUCAAGAGUUGGGCACAUUUCGAUCGGAACAAGUCUCUUUGAAAUCCAAAUGGCAAGCCCCUUCUACCAAUGGAGAAGUUCUUGAAUCAGAAAAGGAUCAUGAGCUCCAGUUGGAUGAAAAUAUGCUAACACCUUCUGCCCGGACUUCCCCUGACGCUGUCCUUGAUUGGCCAGUAUUCGAAAGCCAUUAUCCGACAGGCUUCAUUACUAGGUAUUUAUUUGACCAAAACUUUGUUGAUGAUUCCAGGCCUGAAGAAUCAGAACAUGACGAUUUUCAGCCAUCAGCCCUCAUUAAUGAGGAGGCUGUGCCUCAGCUUGUGGAAAUCUUUCUCACUCGCGUACACACCAAAAGUCCAAUUCUAGACCCAAAGACUGCGAGAGAAUUUGGAUUUAAGAUCGCUCUUGAAGGGUUGCGAUGGGAUGCAUCCUCUUGUUUAGUGGUAAGUGCAGUCAUUAUUACGGAGUUUAGGAGGGUGUCCUCACAAAGCAAGAAUGUUUAAUUGAUAAGUCAUAGUUAAUUAUGUGCGCUUUAGGCUGUGUUUCACAGCCUUUUAGUGACUCGCAAAGUCGCAUUCUUCCAGAAAAUAGAAUGGAAACCUCGAGAAGCGCUCUUGGAGAACGAAACCUGUCUCUUGGAACGGCUUGCUUUACAGCCGCUCGCAAACGAAUUGGGCUCUUGAAGCCCAGCGUGAUCGCAACGCAAUGCAUCUUCCUGUGCGGUGUAUACGAAAUGUAUAUGGUACGCCCGCUGAGGGCUUGGAAUUCCUUCGCUGACGCCUCAUCCAACCUUUUCAUGUACCUCAAGUGCGAAGAGUCACACUUUGGAGGAGAUAUAUCAAGGACUAAGUCGCCCGAAAUUCAGCGUGUUGAGGCUAGUUUGUAUUGGUCUUGCUACAAGUCUAUGUGGUAUGAAGUUUUCUUUUAAAUCUAUCUCGUCCGUAAGCGAAUUCUAAUACUACAUGCAAAUAGCGAGUUGCGAACAGAGGUACCUUUACCUACAUCAGUACUAUCUCAGGUUAAUUAUGCACAUUCAUUACCUGAGCCGCCGACAAAUUUUGCAUCAGGUGCCAAUUCUAGUUCAUACAACACAAAUUCUGCUGAGUCAUCUACAGUAAAUGAUUCACGACAAGAAGUAUCAGAAGUUGCUUUCGAAACACUUCAGGAACAAGCCUGGUUUUUUUUAUCUAUCAGAUAUCAUAAUCAGUAGACUUGGUACUCGAGUUCUUCUUAAUUUGUACGAUGAAGACUAUCGAAGCUGGAACGUGCAUAACCUCCGUCAUAUGAUCAAGGCUGCAGAUGAAUUCGAAAGACAAUUGAAUGAGUGGUAAGCACGAUGAUCCUUUGAUUAGUUGUAUAUUCUAACUAACAUUAAUAUAGGCAUACCAGUCUUCCAGAGCAAAUCCAAUUCAAUUAUAAUAUAGAAACCGAUCAUGAGCUACGAUUCACCUUACAAACUCGUGCAAUGGAGGUAAAAGCAUGGCUGUAUCGACCCUUUUUAUACUAUAUAAUACACCAAUCAUCAAGCAAAGUUCCGGAGCGAGUACGGCAGCUUGCUCAAAAAGCAAUUGACAGCAGCAUUCACUGGAUUUUACUUAAAAAUACCAGGCAUCGACACCAUGGAAGUUGGUUUGUUGGAAGACUGAUUUUAUCUUCAGCACUCUCUAUACUUGCCGCGGUCAAGGCAAAAUUACGUCUGGAUUUAUUGGAUGACUGGAAAGAGAACGUGCUAGAAGCGAUUAGUGCUAUGAAGUUCUGGGCGGACGAAUCAUCUGAUUUUGCUGUGGGUUCUGUGGUUUUGGAAAAGUUAUUUUCACAGCUUUUAGAUAUUUCAAACGAUUAAUGAUUUAGUUCGUGUCGUGUACUGGGGCAGUAAAUUUUCACAAAGUCACAGGCCGUAUCAAGCAAUUGAUUAUUUGCGUGGUGAGUGACAUGUUUCUAGUAGCUAACUGAUGAUUUUUUGUCCAUUUAAAAUCAUGCAGUAGUACGUACAAAAUCUUUUUCUUGCCGGCUCAAAUAUACCACAAAGAUAUAUCUCCAAAACCCCAAACUUGCACUUCUGAACCUUCACAUUCCGAACUCUCCACUCUGAUUUACUUCUUUGGCGAGUACGCUCUGACUUC